CCGGAAGUGGCCGAGUUAUAUAGGUCGAGUUCUGGAGGUGGUGGCGGCUGUGUGUGAGGGUUGGGAGGCUGCUGCGACGCUAGGAUGAACGCGCCUCCCGCCUUCGAGUCGUUCUUGCUCUUCGAGGGCGAGAAGAAGAUCACCAUUAACAAGGACACCAAGGUACCCAAUGCCUGUUUGUUCACCAUCAACAAGGAAGACCAUACGCUAGGAAACAUCAUUAAAUCGCAGCUGCUGAAGGACCCACAGGUGCUGUUUGCUGGCUACAAAGUCCCCCACCCCUUGGAACACAAGAUCAUCAUCCGCGUGCAGACCACACCGGACUACAGCCCCCAGGAGGCCUUCACCAACGCCAUCACAGACCUCAUCAGCGAGCUCUCCCUGCUGGAAGAGCGAUUCCGGGUGGCCAUCAAAGACAAGCAAGAAGGAAUCGAGUAGUGGGCUGCACCCGGCCCUUCUCCAGGCACCAGGUGGACAAAAGCACUUCCUCCAGCCGUGGGCCUCCUUGUAGAAAGUCCCUCACCCCUGACACCGAUGUGUCCUGUACACAGAGUCUGUCUUACCUUCCUAAUAAAGUGUGGCAGGAAAAGACCCA